AUGCAAGCAAAUGCUCUCAAAAUUCUUGAGGCAAAAUUAGGAGAAGUGGACGACGUCGAAAUAGAAGAGGACGGAGAUGAUGAAGAUGAUGAGGAUGAAGAAGAUGGAGAGGCUAAGGAACGAGGGGAAGUGGCAGAAAACGACUCCUCAUUAGAAGUAGAAGAGAUUCGGCUGCACCUAUGCGAUGGAUCUACAAGAGAAUAA